AUGUGGGGCCAGGACGAAGAACAAAAAGAAAAAGGAGUAGGACGGGUUCAAGAAUGUGGUAGAGAGGUUCCUGGUCCAACGUUUGAAUGUACUGGCAGCGGCAAUAGAAAGGACGAUUUCCUGUCAAUGGCAGGAAAAUUCAUCAGACGGCGCUUUAUAGAAAACUUAAAUAUACAGAGAUUCCAAUUGUACAUUGACUUCCCUAAGAUGGGCUCACUGGCUCGAAGAUUGGAUAUAUGGAUUGAUUAUGCAAUGAUGAGGGCUGUGCCGGAGCUUGUUCUUCGCAUUGACUGCUUAACCAGUGAUACACAUGUUGGUCACCGCAUUAACGCUUUAUCAAGUCAUCAAAGGCUCCAUUAUGCUAUACCUCAAUUUGCUGUUGAAGCUACGUGGCUAAAAAUUUUGGGGUUUAGUGGCUGUAGAUAUGCGACUUGUUUGGACAUCAAACUUCCCCAGCUGCUGAGCCUUUUAUUAUGUCAUUCCUGCUUUGAUGAUAAGUCUCCAUUGGAAAGGUUUCUCCUUGGAUGCCCACUGGUUGAGAAUGUGAAGAUAUCAGGCUGCAAUUGGAUGGACAAACUUCUCUCUGUCCCGAACUUACCUGAAUUGAAGCAUUUUGAGUGUUUGUUCUGUGAUAUGGUUGAUAUUAUUCAAAUCAAUGCAGCUAAGCUUCGUACUUUCUCAUUUGCGACAUUGAAGGAAGUCAAAGAACUUUGGCCAAUGACCAUUGACUGGACAGCCUGUGCUACAGCACUGAAGGAGUUGAAAAUAUAUGUGAAUGGUGCCGCUGACAUUGAUAUGUUAGAGACACCGAUAUCUCAGCUUCUCUUUCUUGAAACAUUGGAUAUACGGGGCUGCAAAAGUUAUGCGGGUUUCAAGAUCUCAAACCAAACUCUUAAGAGAUUGAUCUUUAGAGAUUGCAGUCACAUGUCAGCUACUCAACUUGAUGCUCCAAAGUUAGAGUUGCUUGAAUUCAACAACUGCGAUAAACCUUUUCUUCCUUGCAAUGCCUCGAAUAAACUUCAGAUUAACUUUAGUUUGUUCUUUUGGGGACAUUCAAUUGAGUGGCUUUUGCGAUUGAAGUAUUUUCUCAGGACGUUAAAGCAUUGGGAAGAUGUGAAACUGAUCGUCUAUCCUGAACAUCAGGUACUACACUUCUUUCUUAACCACUUAGCUAAGGUUUUAUGA